CCUGGUGCCCACCUGGUGCUGAUGAAGUGUGUCUUUGCAGGUGGACACCCAGGAAAGGAUGGCCACGCGGGGGACCGUAAACUGGCUCCCUGUCCUGGUGGUGUCUCUGAUAUACUCAGCGAGAGCAGAAUACUCAAACUGCGGUGAGAACGAGUACUACAACCAGACCACAGGGCUGUGCCAUGAGUGUCCACAGUGCGGGCCAGGGGAGGAGCCCUACAUGUCCUGCGGCUACGGCACCAAAGAUGACGACUAUGACUGUGUCCCGUGCCCAGCAGAGAAGUUUUCCAAAGGAGGCUACCAGAUAUGCAGGCGUCACAAAGACUGUGAGGGCUUCUUCCGGGCCACUGUGCUGACGCCGGGGGACGUGGAGAAUGAUGCUGAGUGUGGGCCUUGUCUCCCCGGCUACUACAUGUUGGAAAAUAGACCCAGGAACAUCUACGGCUUGGUCUGCUACUCCUGCCUCCUGGCCCCUCCCAACACCAAGGAAUGUGUGGGAGCCACGUCGGGAGUUUCUGCCAACUUCCCCAGCACCUCUGGCAGUAGCACUCUGUCCCCUUUCCAGCAUGCCCAUAAAGACCUCUCAGGCCAAGGACACCUGGCCACAGCCCUGAUCAUUGCCAUGUCCACCAUCUUCAUCAUGGCCAUCGCCAUUGUCCUCAUUAUCAUGUUCUACAUCAUGAAGACGAAGCCUGCCCAAGCCUGCUGUACCAGCCACUCAGUGAAGAGCGUAGAAGCCCAAGUGAGCAAGGAAGAGGAGAAAAAAGAGACACAAGACAAUGUAGUGAUUUUCUCUGAGAAGGAUGAGUUUGAGAAGCUGACACCAACUCCAGCAAAGACUACCAAGAGUGAGAACGAUGCAUCAUCUGAGAACGAGCAGCUGCUGAGCCGGAGCAUGGACAGUGAUGAGGAACCCGCCACUGACAAGCAGGGCUCCCCCGAGCUGUGCCUGUUAUCAUUAGUUCACCUGACGAGAGAGAAGUCUUCCACCAACAACAAAUCAACUGGGAUACAAAGUCGAAGGAAAAAGAUAUUGGAUGUGUAUGCCAAUGUGUGUGGAGUAGUAGAAGGUCUCAGCCCCACAGAACUGCCAUUUGAUUGCCUCGAGAAGACCAGCCGAAUGCUCAGCUCCACAUACAACUCCGAGAAGGCCGUGGUGAAGACAUGGCGCCACCUUGCCGAGAGCUUUGGACUGAAGCGGGAUGAGAUCGGGGGCAUGACGGACGGCAUGCAGCUCUUUGACCGCAUCAGCACGGCAGGUUACAGCAUCCCAGAGCUGCUCACAAAACUCGUGCAAAUCGAGCGGCUGGAUGCAGUGGAGUCCCUGUGUGCAGACAUACUGGAGUGGGCUGGGGUCAUGUCCCCUGCCCCCCAGCCAUCCCCUACAUCCUGAGGGGUGUGACUGUGAACUGUCCUUCCUUGGGAUGAGCCAAGAGACCUAACCGAGGGCUCUGGAGCUGUGAGUGGUGCCAGCAAACUGCCAAGAAUCCAGGCUUUUUCCAAUAUGUCACCAGGGUCUACCUUAGGCUGUUCCAAGGAGCAAAAGGAAAGGAGGCCUAUUUUCCCAUCCCACUGAAGAUAAAGGGUUCAAGCUGGGAUACUCCCAGCUACUCACCAGACAGGAUGAGUAUUUAUUCAUCUAGCCAGCCACUGAUUCGUUCUACAGACAGUGCUUAGUGGUACCCAAAUGAACCAAACAGUGUGGGGGUGACAAAGGUGAAGAAUCUGGCCCCUGCCAUUGAGGAGUUUACAAUCUCGUGAGCGACAUAAGACAUGUCUACAAACUGUAUGAGCGGAUGCUAAGAAAACAUAAUAGAAGGUUUAAGAGAAGGAGAUGGCUUCCUCACUGGGACAAUGAAGGAGGGCUUCCACGUGGAUAAAGAAGAGUAGCUGGAAAGUUUUGGCAAAUGGCUACAAAAUGCAGACUCCCCCCAGCUCCUCCCACCCCGAGUGUUGUUUCACAUUCAGUACAAGUCUGUUGAGAUCCUACAUGGUUUCACUGGGAUAACUUUAACUGUCCUUGAGGUCAUUCAUAUUUCCCAUGGCCCUCAUAGCCAGUAAUGGAAGAGCUCACCCUAUGGCCUGUUUUUUGUCAUAGGUCUGCAAGGCACAUGUUUGUCCAUCAAGUAGAUCUGUGUGGUAGUUGAUUUCAUUUACCCUGUGAGUCCUAGACCUGGUGGCUGAAUGAAUUGCUUUCCCUACUCCUUAUUAGUCAGAUUUGACUUUUGAGGGGGCAGCAAUACUCAAAGACAUGAGCAGUUUAAAUUACAAUGUGCCAGGCUAUCUUUUUGCUUCAAGCAAAAAUACGUGUUAAACUUUGCUUAGGAAGGGAAAGGACAACUUCCUAGGGGUCCAGCCACGCAUCAUUCUAGAUUUCCAAACUUACGGCUGAGCCUCAUGUCAUGCGAGUGUCUGACUCCAGAUCUGUCGAGCCAGUUGUGGAAAGUGGAGCCUGCAGUGAAGACAGCCCUGGGCUUGGAGUCCAGAGACCCAGGUUCUCAGUGUGCCAGCUUGGGUGUCGGUUUUUCUUCUCCAAACAAGACGUUUGGAUUGACCAGGCUCUAGGGUCCUCCCACCUGUGCCUCAGUUGUGAUUUUAUAAUCAGAGAGAAGGGUCAGGUGAGCAAAAAGGAAGUGGCAUGCAGAAAAUGCAAGGUUUUUGAAGCACUCCAUGGAGGUGAAAGUAGCGUGAGCUGUCAAGUAAAAUGGGAAGAAAAGCAGGAAAGCUCAGAUUCAGAGUUUUCACAGUAAUGGUGAUUAUGUGACAUAACAUUUAGAGAUAAAGUGAACAAACUGACAUCGUUCUUGGCAGAUUCUUUAUUUCACCAGUAAUUGCCAAGAGCUGGGGAGUAAGAGCAGGGAUCACACCAGUGGGUGAAUUUAGAGUUCACUGCUGAGGUCUUCUAGUGACAGGUUUGACUGCCGUUAUUCUUAAAUUAAAACAAAUUCUUUGACUUAUAAAGUGAUAUUUUUAAAUUACAAGUCACACGAUUGAGUACAUGCUGGGGUGGGGGGAGAAAUCAGUCAUGUGUUUAAAGCCAACAAGCAAUUUUCCACCAACAUACGUAGAACACGCUGUGAUAGGAUCAUAAGGAGGCUCUGAGGAGCCCUGGUGGAACAGUGGUAGAAGCACUUGGCUACUAACCAAAAGAUGGCAGUUCAAACCCACGAGCCGCUUCACAGGAGAAAGAUGUGGCAGUCUGCUUCCAUAAAGAUUUACAGCCCUGGAAACCCUACGGGGUCACUAUAAAUCAGAACCAACUCGACAGUGGUGGCUAUGUAGAACAUUCUGUGAUAGGAUCAUAAUUAGGUUCUGAAUAUUUAGUAUCAUCGUUGACUGUGUCUGUUUGCUGCUGUUUUUCAGAACCUAUCUGGUAGAUUCUAAAAGCUAACCACUCCACGGCAAAACUUAACCAUCCUUUUAACUCCUCUUUGAAGUCCUUUUCCCCCUGCUUUGACUUAAUGUUGAAUGUCUCUCCCUUAAUAAGACCACAAAUGUCAUGUGUGGUGAGCCUACCAUUCUGGGUUAACAGCUAGCACCUGCCUUAGAGCAAUGUUUUCAGUGAAGGAGGAGGAGAGCUGUUCUCCAGACCGGGUGGUUUGCCUACUUUCACUCUAUUAGUAUUCUGGGGCCAGGGGCCAGCAGGCAGCAGACCAUGUUUCAUUAACUCUCAAACUGCCAUUUAGGGAGCCAGUCAUAUUGUUACACAUUCCUUUGCCCUUUACUUAUUUAGAAAUAAAUCCAGGAAGGGUUUGCUCUGAUGGAGCUGUAACCUACAUUACGGAAUUCAGAAUUGGUGUGGCCAUCAAAAUGAUGAGCCUGACCAAGGCUGGGACUCUACCUGCCGUUGUGUGGGGACAGCCAUUGUUUUGCUAUAUUUAAACAUAUUUAGAAAACACCUCCAGGCUAGGUCUGUGGCCCUUAACCAGUGAAGUCUUAAUUGUCAAUAUUUUUG